UUCUAACCUCUAUUUCGUUUCUUUUCUGUAAAAAGUGGUAAAAAGUGAAAAAACGAAGUUUGAAGUGCUACAAGAUGGGCAAACGAAAGAGACCUGGUCCGAAUAAAAAAUCUACAUUUGACGAGAAAGCUGCCAAAAAGAAGAAGGAUAGGAGUGAGGAAUUCGAAUUUGACCCCAUGCCUAAACAUUUAGUUAUAGCGCAUUUAAAAAAUCAGGAAAAACGUCUUAUAAUAAUAUUGGAGAAUGCUCAACUGGAGACCGUUAAAAUUGGUGAAAAAUUUCAACUUUUGAACAGCGAUAAUCAUUCAAAUAUUUUGAGGAAGAAUGGUAGAGAUCUAGGAUCCUGCAGACCAGAUAUUGCACAUCAAUGUUUGCUAAUGUUAUUCAAUAGUCCUUUGAAUCGUGCUGCGUUAUUACAAGUGUACGUUCACACAAGCAAUAACGUUCUCAUAGAAAUCGAUCCUCAAACUAAAAUCCCAGAUAGCUUUCAGCAGUUCGCUAAAAUGAUAGUUCAACUACUUCACAAAUUCACAGUGAGAGCCAAAGAGGGAAAGAAACUUUUGAAGGUGAUCAAAAACCCUAUCACAGAUCAUUUACCGAUUGGGGUUAAGAAAAUUUGUAUGUCUUUCUCGUCGGAGGCAGCCAAACAUCCAAGCCAACUCGUGCCAAACAAUGGAGAACCUAUAGCUUUCGUUAUUGGGGCCAUGGCUAGAGGAAAGUUAAAUGUCGAUUAUACUGAAGAAACCUACUCAAUUAGUAACUAUCCUUUAUCUGCAGCUUUAACUUGUUCAAAGCUAUGCUUUGCUUUCGAGAAUGCGUGGGGUGUACAUUCAUGAGUUAGAUUUGAAUGUUAUCUAGGAAGAAAAUUUUUACGCCGAUUGCUCGGAAGUUUUUCUUACUAGGUUGUAAAUAUUGUACAUACAAUUUUCAAUUAAACUAUGUUUGGAAUA